CACGUGUCGUCAUAUUUCAACUCACAAACCACUCAAUGAUAUAUAUAUAUAGCACCACUAAUAACUAAACCAAUAGAAAUACAAUUUAAUUAUAGUCUGAGAUCGAUUGAGGUCAAUUAAACUUCUUUGUUAUUAUUAUUUUUUUAAAUAGUAAAAAUAACUAAGAGCAGAUUAGUGUUCUUCUGUUACACUAACUACUAGUAGUAACACGUCUUUAUCAUCCAUUCUUGUGAAUAACUUUAAUUAUUGAUUACAAUGAUACGUAAUACCUAUAGUCAACCUCUAUUGAUUUAAUUCUUUUAUCUAUUGCAAUAAGAUUUAUUUGUACAUAUAUAUCUUAUAUCAAAUGAUGUCAAUUGGACAGUUACGUAUAUCCCGAUUAAAUCCUGAAUUCACAUCUAAUUCUAAACGUUAUAAAUCACUCGAUUCUUACGAUUCGGAGAUAAGUCGAUCGAAAAAGUAUACACAAGACUUCAACGAUGAUAUAAAUGAUGUAAGUGCUCAACCUGGCGAAAUCUUAUCUGGAAACAAUAAUUCUGAAGCAGUACAAGAAGAAUUGAGUGGUUUAAGUUUAAACAUGUCCAGUAACUUAUCAAUUGGAAAUCAUCGAAAGGAUACUCACAAUAAUCCCACUGUGAAAAAUAAUAGUAAUAGUAAUAAUCAAGAGAAUAGUGGAGUCAGUGAAUUUUCAGAUGUACAUAACACUAAUGAAAAUAUUUCAUUGAAUCCUCAAAUACUUCAUCAAAAUUCAACCAGAGAUUUCAAUCAGUUCAAUGACAUAUCUCAAAUGAUGGAACGAAGUGAUCCAAUUUCCAGUAAUCGUGAUAGAAUUGAAGAUAGAAUGAAUUCUAUUAACCAUGGAAGUGGAAAAGGUUUACUACGGCGGUAUAACACUGUACAGAUGUCGAAUACAACAGCUAGGGACUUAAGAAGUCACCAUAACCUUUCAAAAAGUGUAGUUAAUUCAGGUAGUCCUCAGCCCUAUGAUAGCAGUCAAGUAACAUCGCCUGAUGAUACCCAACUGAGUAUGUCGUUGCCACCACAGCCAUCAAAUAUUUCCAAAUAUGCAGACACUGACAAUCUCCAGUCAUUUUCAACUCUUCAUACAAGUCUUCCAGUAACAAAUGACAAAUCAUUUCAGGUUUUGCAAGCAUUAAAUAAUGUUAUAGAUAACAAUAGAGUUUAUACAGAUGGACAUAUGCGAUUCCGCUCAAUGCAUGGAGGUGCAGAGGAUCCUAAAUUCCCCUACACUAGAAUGAAUUCAAAGACAUCCGUUGAUGAUGUAUCUCCUGACUGCGUCCAACCUGUAGAUAUUCAAAAGAUUCACAAUGAAAUUAUCGCUAAAGACAGCAAGAGAAAAACAGUGAUAAAUCCUGGUGGGAGCCCAUCAGCACCUACCAGCUCCUUCAGUCAACGUGGAAAGAUAAGUGGUGCAACACUUUCAUUUCAUCAUAUUUCUUACGAAGUAAAACUCCGUAAAGCAACCUGUAGUAAGCCAGUCAUAAAAACUGUCUUGAAUGAUAUAAGUGGAAUACUUCGACCUGGAAUGAAUGCGCUGAUGGGACCAACCGGUGGUGGUAAAUCCUCACUUUUAGAUGUAUUAGCUGGACGUAAAGACCCAAAAUUUCUUACUGGAAGAGUUCUUAUAGAUGGCAGACCACAACCGAAGAAUUUCAAGUGCAUUUCAGGCUAUGUUGUUCAGGAUGAUAUUGUAAUGGGAACUUUAACAGUGAGGGAGAAUCUAAGCUUUUCAGCAGCAUUACGUAUGACAGUUCGUUGUACAACAGAUGAAAGAAAUCAAAAAGUCAACGAAAUUAUUGACGAAUUAGGUUUGAACUCUGUUGCAGACAGCAAGGUUGGCACCGAAUUAGUUCGAGGAGUAUCAGGCGGUGAGCGUAAACGAACUAGUAUUGGUAUGGAACUUAUCACAGAACCGCCAGUGUUAUUUUUAGAUGAACCAACAACCGGUUUGGAUGCAUAUAUGGCAGGACAAGUCUUAAAAACUCUUAAAGCUUUAUCAAGACGUGGUAGAACCAUCAUAUUCUCUAUUCAUCAACCCAAAUAUUCAAUUUACAAGUUGUUCGAUUCACUGACUUUGAUUUAUCGGGGCCAGCUAAUCUAUCAUGGACCAGCUAAAAAAGAGCCUAUCCGUUAUUUUGGUCAUUUGGGUUACAUCUGCGAAAAUCACAACAAUCCACCAGAUUUCUUCAUGGAUGUCAUACAUGGUGAAUGCUUACGUCAACAAGGAAGUGCUUUAGUCAGCACAGAAAUCACUUCACUAAAUGGGGAUAUUGUCGACCAUCAUGAUACACAAGAAAAGAUGCAUUUAGUUGGUCAACAGCUCAUUAAUGAAUGGCAGAACUCUGAAAUGGCUCAGCGGGUGUUAGAAGAAGUUAGCUCAAUAGCCAACCGAUUAGAGGAGCAUGAAAAUGGUACGAAUAAAUUCAAAGAUCGUUCAGUCGAUAUAUCAUUUGCAGCGCCAUAUUUCAGACAAGUGCAUAAAGUAUGCUGGAGAACAACACUGAAUCUAUUAAGAGAUCCAUUGGCAUCUGUAAUACAAACAAUUGUAUAUUUAUUUUUUGCAUUAUCAAUGGGUAUAGUCUAUUUUCAAAUGAAUGAUUCCUUAGAAUCUGGUAUACAAAAUCGUACUGGAUUAUUCUUUUUCUGUACACUACAAGUGAUAUUUGUAAAUUUGGCGACAAUUGAACUGUUUAUUAAAGAACGUGCACUUUUUAUACAUGAAAGUUCAAGUGGUUAUUAUCAAGUUUCUGUAUAUUUUUUUUCAAAAAUUCUCUGUGAUAUACUACCAACUAAAGUAUUGCCUAUCAUCUUAUUUAUGCCAAUAUGUUAUUGGAUGGCCGGAUUACAGCGUACUUUUCAAGCGUUUAUGUUUUUUGAAUUAAUCCUCUGCCUUACAACACUGGCUGCAGCCGCAAUAGCUUUAUUCAUUUCAGCAAGUGUUACUGUUUUUGGAUUAGCUAAUGCUAUCCUAUCAAUUAUGUAUGUAUUUAUGAUGGCCUUUUCUGGUUACCUAAUCAACUUGAAAUCUAUGGCAGUUUGGCUUAGUUGGCUUCGUUAUUUUUCAUUAUUUCGUUACAGUAUGGGAGGUUUAUUGGCCAUGGAGAUGACUCCGCUUAGAUUCUGUCCUAUGGAUACAUCGAAUACAACAAUUCAGAGACAAUGUCAAAACGGCACAACGUACUUGGAGGAUCAAGAGAUUCCUUACAAAACUACAUGGGAUUUAUGGUAUAAUGUAUUUGGACAAGUUGUUAUAAUGAUCAUAUUUUACAUACUUUGUUAUAUUCAACUUCGACUACUCAACAAAUAUAAGUAGUACAUUGCCUACUUCUAAACAAAGUAUCUUACUUAUCAUUCAACACAUCAAAUAGAGACACUAUUAUUAUCAUCAUAGUUCAUAAAAAAUUCGAACGGAGGAGGAUAUUUUCGAAGUUCCAAGUCAAUUUAACACAGUUUACAUUUUCAUACAGUUUCUUGAAGUAUCCCGUUUAUCAGCUAUGCAAACAAACGAUAAACUGACCGGUUCUAUGUGAAACCUAAUCUAAAUACAAAUGGCACCGUAAACUUAUGUAUAUAAAUAAUCCUACUCAUCUAUGUGAAUCCUGUUUGAUUUUCCCCGGAAUUUAUUUUGUUGAUAAACACAUCUCACAUUCUAUAUUUUUUUGUCUCUUUACAAUAAUGUUCGCAUAAAAAAUAAAAACAAAGAUUGUACAGAAAAUUGUUUUUCCGUCAAUACUUACAGCUAAUACUGGUUUCCAAGAGGAGGAUAGUCGCAGCGAACUAUACCACGAU